AUGGCUGAAGGUCUUUUACUUCCUAGCAAGGGAAUGAGAAUUGAAGAAAUAGGAAAGAAGUACUUUAAAGAUCUAAUCUUAAUGUCAUUUUUUCAACCAUCAAAUUACAAUAGGAAGGAGCCAACUUUUCUCAUGCAUGAUCUUAUACACGAUUUGGCAAUAUUUGUUUCUGGUGAGUUUUGUUAUAUGAUGAAUAAUAGCAGUAAAUUCUCACAUAAGGUUCGCCAUUUUUCGUACAUGCAAGAAUGUGCAAAAGCUAAUGACCCUAAGAAAUUUGAGGAGUUAUUUAAAGCUAAGUGCUUGCGUACCAUAUUGUGGCAACAAGGUUCAAGCCAACUAAAGUUGUUAAAGAUUGAGCACUUGGAUACAUCAUUUCCAAGCUUGAGAGUACUAUCCAUAAACGACUGUUAUACCACAAAGCUUCCUAAUUCAAUAGGAAAUUUGAAGUAUUUAAGGUAUUUGAAGUUAGAUUGUGAAGAUAUUGAAGAGAUACCUAAUACAAUAUGUGAGUUGUAUAAUUUGGAGACUUUGUUGUUGAAAGAAUGUGAAGGAGUUACUCGACUACCGAGUCAUAUAGGAAAUUUAAUCAAGUUGCGACAUCUUACUGUUCCUUGGAAAUUAGAAGAGAUGCCAUUGCAGUUGGGGAAGCUACAAAAACUGCAAACACUAAAUAAAUUUGUUGUGGGGAAUAAUAAAGAUUGUGGUAGCAUUAAAAUGUUGGAAGAGCUUCAAGAACUACGAGGGAGUCUUUCUAUUCAUGGAUUAAGAAAUGUGAGUAGCCUUGAGGAAGUUUCAGAUGCAACACCAUUAUUAAAGAGUAAGAAGUUUCUUAGUCUAUAUUUGGGAUGGGCCGGUAAUAAUAAAGCUGAACUUGAUUUGCACAAAGAAAGAGAGCUACUCAAUUCCCUCCAGCCACAUCCAAACCUGAGGGAACUUACGAUUUGGAGUUACAAAGGCAACAGUUUCCCAAAUUGGAUGGGAGAUUGUUGCUGCUUGUCUAAUUUAGUAAGUUUGAAGAUGGUAAAUUGUCACAAUUGCAUCUGCUUGCCGUCGUUGGGACAACUGCCUUCUCUCAAAGUUCUUUUCAUUGAGCAUUGUGGUGUGGUGAGAAUAGAUUCAGAGUUUUAUUGCUCUACUAGUACUAGUGUUGAUUCUUCAAUUGCAAUACAAACAAAGCCAUUCUUUAGAUCAUUGGACACCUUGAAAUUUGAAUAUUUGUCUAAGCUCGAAGAGUGGUCAUUUAUAGAAGGUGGAGUUUUUCCUCGUCUUAAGAAUCUGCAAUUUAAGUGGUGUGAGAGACUCAAAGUGUCAUUGUUAGCAGAUCAUUUUCCGUCAUUGACAGAGCUUGAAAUAGUUGAUUGUGAGGAACUAAUACCAUUAUUACUCCCAAGAGCUCAACUCAUGGAGGCCCCUUUGAUCAGUUUAAAGAAAAUCAUGAUUAACGAGUGUUUCAACUUGAAGCGCUUUGACGACGCGGCCUUUCAGCACCUCACCUCCCUUGAGGAGUUGAAAAUUAGACAUUGCAGUAACCUCCAAUGCUUGCCAAAAGAACUACCCACUUCUCUUUCUGAUCUUUACAUCACUGGUUGUAAAUUGCUAAGACCACGAGUCGAGAGGGAGACAGGGAAGGACUGGCCAAUUAUUGCUCACAUCCCAAAUAUAAUUGUGGAUGACAAGAAAACAUAG